UUAUUUUUAAACUAUUAUUUAUUUUUAAUUUUUGAGUUGAAUUUAAAAUUUUUCAAUAUUUUUUUAAUGUUGAAUUUUUAUCGGUCCUUAAUAAGUAUACCAAAGGACAAACCCGAAAUCCAUACAAACUUGGGCCUGGCGUUACAGUGCUAGAAUUUGGGCAUAAGUUACAAUACCUAAGAAGGUUUCAUGAGCCCAAUUUCCAGGUCUCCCAGCAAUGGCCAAAUUGGUAAAAUCAGACAAUGUUUACAUUUUAGGUUAUGUUUAUUGUUCGAGAUAUUUUAAUAAAAACGAUAUUUUUGAGGCUGUUUCGUACUAAAGAUGAGUAAUUUUUGACGAAACCUGUUGCAGCAACAGGUUGCUUUAAAAUAAAAAUGGAACCUGUUACGAGAAAUCGCGCGUUAGGUUGUUUACGAAAACGAACGAAAGCCAAAAAUUAAAAACAACGUAAUGCGAAACGCGCUGCGCACGAAAUGAUUUUUUUACGGGAUUUUAUGACCUGGUAACUAAAACCUUUAGGUCAGUCUUAAUUUUAAUGAAAACUUUUUUAUAUGAAAAACUAUAUUUAAAUGAUAACUUUUUUAUAUAAAAUAUAAAUCAUUACGUGCUCCCAUAUUAUCUCAUCACAUUUCAUUUCAUUUUAUUUCAUGCCUUUUUUAUUUUUAUUUUUUAUUGCUUAGAUACCCAUCGACGAGCUCACAGCCCACCUGAUGUUAAGUGGUUACUGGAGCUCAUAGACAUGUACGACGUAAAUGCGCCACCCACCUUGAGAUAUAAGUUCUAAGAUCUCAGUAUAGUUACAACGGCUGCCCCGCCCUUCAAACUGAAACGCAUUACUGCUUUACGGCAAAAUCCAAAAUAUCUUCAGUUGGCAACAUUAAAGAUAACAUAACACGAUUUGAUACAUUUGUGUUUUUCUAUGGCAUAGUCACAUUAAUAUAAAAAUGCAAAACUACCCUUUCAUGCUAUAUUUAAUGUUGUCAGUUGUAGAUAUUUUGAAUUGCCGCCAUUGUAAGUAGUUGUGUCACGAUUCGAUGACCAUACUCUAUUUACAUUGAUUAAAAUACCUAUAAAAACAGUCAUUUAACCUAAAGCAAAAGAGUAUUAAUUAUUUUUUACACUUGAUUUCCACUAAAUCGAUCCUAUUUUAUGGAUGUUCUAAUUCUAAUCCGCACGUUUGUGGAGCUAGUUACGUAUAUUGAAAUAAGUGUUGCAGAUGUUUACAAAGAUUGUUUAAAACAAAAAAAUGAAUUCAACUUAUUUUCUACACUUGGCCAUUGUCAAUGAAGCUAAGAUUUUAAUAAGUUAAUCAAGCAAAAUAGACGAAUUUUUUGGUACAUAUCCCAUUCGUGUAACGCUUAGGCCCAAAAUGGGGUUUCUCCUUUCGAGGUAAUGCGACGUUUUGAAGGGGGUUAAAAACAUGUUCAAAGAUUCUGUUACAUACUAACAUACAUACGUCUGAGGCUAUUAUAAUAAAAACGUAUUAAAAAAUGUGGGUUAGGCCACUUUUGCUGGCCUCAAUUAAUAUGGCUGGUUAACGUAUGUGCUUGGGGGGGACAAGGGCGGGUAUCGUUUGGGGCAGGUGACAGUCCGGUUCCCGUUUGGCCGACUAGCUUCGGUUUUCAGGACAGUGCGACCGGGAUUCUUCCGAAAUUUGCUCGAUACCAUUUAGUUGAACACAAACUGUUCUGACCUGAAUCACAAUUCGUACAUUUUUAAAUAUAACAAAACAGUUAUUGCCAAAGAUAAAAUUGAAGACUUUAUGAUAUGUGUACAUUGAUUUUUCUGAUUGUUUGUUGUGGUAAAAAACUACUCAUUUUGUACAAUAAAUAUUAUGCGUCAAUGAGUUAUAACGCGAGGAACAAUCCAUAAAAUUAUAUUCUAGAAUAUUAUAUCUAACUCACGAUCUCGUCAAGCGUGAACUUUACAAGUACUUACGAGAGUAUCUGUAUUUGUGUUUGAAACACAGAACAUUAAACUAGUCGACUUGUAAUUUAAAUAAUUAGUUAUUAAACUGAUGAAUUGUUAGUAAAAUAAUUAAAAUGUAUUAUUACAAUAUUAAAAAAACAAAAACAAAAAAAUAUUUAUUUGUAAUUGUUUAAUUUUGUAAUAGAAUAUCAUUGUUUAUGAUUUCCACCGAUGUUAAGGGAAGUACGGUUCCGUAAGGUCUGGGAAAAUAUUUUGUCUAUAUCUAACACGAACAUUAAUGAACGAUCCCCCAAGCUUGCAAAGGUUAGCCGAGUCUAUUAGACUUGAAAUGCUCUAUUGGAUCCUAAAAAUAAGAAGAUAUAGUAAGUUCGAUGUCAUUACCUACCUAUUUAUUUAUUCAAAUUAACGGUGUACAGGCCUAUGCGUAGUAAAACUAUUGAUGACCUAAGCGUCGGUAACCAAUUAGGAUCAGAUGCUGCUUAUUUAUUUAUUUAUUUAUUUAUUACACUUCAUGUAAAAUUUACAUUGGCGGACUUAAUGACAGAGUAAACAGUGGUAGGUGCAAUGAAAUUUAUAUUAAGUUACAAAUACAUACACAAAAAAAGUAUAUACAUACAUACAUAGAUACACACAUACAUACAUACACACAUACAUACAUACACACAUACAUACAUGGUAGUACCUCUCGUGAGUCCGCGCGGGUAGGUACCACCACCCCGCCUAUUUCUGCCGUGAAGCAGCAAUGCGUUUCGGUUUGAAGGCUGGGGUCGCCGUUGCAACUAAAUUGAGACCUCAGAACUUAUAUCUCAAGGUUGGUGGCGCAUUUACGUUGUAGAUGUCUAUGGGCUCCAGUGACCACUUAACAAAAGGCGGGAGCUCGUCCACCCAUACAAGCAAAAAAAUUUUUUUUGGUUUGGUGAUCUUGAUCAAAUCUUGCCUUCAUUGUGAAAAUAGAACAACAGGAAAAACGCCAAUAAUACUAUUAAUUAAUAUCUUCUAUUUUAAAUAUAUGUAAUAUGUUGUUUUUUUUGUGAGCAUUUUAAAAGCUACGAUUAGUUUGGCUUCAUAUUUUUAAUAUUUUCUUCUAUUACGUAAAAUUACACAAGCACAUUUAUUGCAAAGACAAAAAAGAUUGUUUUGUCGUAGAUUUGGCGCUAUGUACACGUCCACUAAUCAAGUUACGUUAUCGUAUUUAAACAGAUAACCAGAAAGACGGAUCAAGAAAAAGAAGUUCAAUAUGGACGUAUUUUAACGUUUUGAACGGGAACAUGUACCGUUGUAAGUUUUGCAGCGUGAUGAUGAAGAGCAACCAGGCUAGACAUUUAAGAGCGAAACAUCCGAAGGCGUUCAAGCAAUGGAAAGAGAGUAGUAAAAGCUUCGGAGAAACAAAAUACAGCAAAGUUGUACCAUCGCAUCAAUCAGCUAGACGUGGCUGGAUAAAAGAUUACCUGAAAAAAAUCAGCGAAGGAAAAUACGAAUGCAAAAUAUGCUCGACCAUUUUGAGAAUGCCUCAUGGAAUCUACGCUAAUAUGAAGAGACAUUUGAAAAUGAAACAUCCGUUGAUAUAUGAAGAAGAAAUGAAAGUUAACGGUGAACAAUCUACGGCUACUGAUGUGGUAGAGUACGUUGUUGAGUAUGUUGAUGAUGAUGCCACGUCCAUUGACAGUGAUGAAAUAUUAAGCGCUAUUAGAGGAGAAGUCAAAGAAAAGCAAGCGAACGCUCCGAUUUAGCUGGAGAAUUGAUUAGUAAUGAAAGAAGUGGUUAGAAUUAAAGUGUAGAUAUUUUAAAGGGAUGUGCGUAAAUUCUUGAGUAAUAUUUUUUUAUAGAUUAUGGUAUAUUUUUAUUUUGAAUAAGUUGAUAAAUUGUAGUUUAACUAAAUUAAUUAACGUUAUUGUUCAACAUUUAACGUAUACUGUGUUAAUAAUAAAUAUUCAAAUAAAUUGUUAGAGUAAAUGUAAAAGAAGUUACAUUUUAUGUCAUAAAUAGGGGGACAUGUUCAUUUUCUUGCCUGGAAGGAUAUUUCUCUAUAUAAAAUGCGAAUGAUAAGCCACACGAAAAGUUUAUUUAUUUCAGAAAUGUUCAGGAAGCAAUGUGUGCUUGUAAGUGAAGCAGAUAGAGAACAAAUUUAAAUAAGGAUUCAAAAUCUAUUGUAUUACUUUAAAUUUACAAUUUAUGACGGUUGUGCAUAUUUUUCAGUUUCUGUUCACCAAUAUUUGAAGAAAUUUCUUAAAAUUUUGAAAUAUUUCAAAUCUUAUUAUGUGAUUAAACCCAAUUUAGGAUGUGUAUUUAAUUUUGUUGAGAUUCUCAUAAUUAUCAUUAGAAAAUGGCUACCACAGAUAACACUUAAUAACACAAUUCGUGAUCUAGCAGGUAAAAUGGUUCUGGAUAUGUUGUCUCAAUAACAAGUAACAGGAAACACAGUUAAUGUUGAUACCAAUUUAAGGUACUCAACAGAUGUUUGAGGUAAUACAAUUGUAAAUAGCCUGACGUAAAUAAAUUUUAGACAUACGUGCGUUUUUCAAAUAACACUUUACAAUCAUAAUGUUAAUUACAGAAGGUGUUCAAGAAUGUUAGUACUACAUUAAAAAUUAAUGCAAACUGCAUUUUUAUCUUUGUAUUUAAACAGGUGUAGAUACGAACGGAUCAAGAAGAAGAAGUUCAAUAUGGAACUAUUACAGCGUCUUGAAAGGAAAUUUUAGCCGUUGUAAGCUUUGUGGCGCGGUAAUGAAAUCCAACCAAGCUAGGCAUUUGAAAAUCAAACAUGUGAAGGCGUUUAAGCAAUGGCAGGAGACCAGUAAGGUAAAUCGUAAGGUUAAACCACAAAGUUCGGGCAGACGCGGCUGGAUACAAGACUAUGUGAAAAAAAUCGGCGACGGAAAAUACGAAUGCAAAAUAUGUUCAGCUAUUUUGAGAAUGCCCAGUGGGCUCUAUGGUAAUAUGAAGAGGCAUUUCAAACGCAAACACCCGAUAAUAUAUGAGGAAGAAAUGAAAAUUUUCAGCGAACAAUCUAAGAUUGAGGACGUGGUAGAAUAUGUUGUGGAAUAUAUUGAUGAUGAUGAUGAUGAUGAUGAUGCUAUUUCAAUGAACAGUGAUGAAUUAUUAAGUGCUAUAAAAGGAGAGGUUCAAAAAGAAAUUAAUGUAAAUAAUAGAUUAGAUUAGCUUUAAAAGAAAAUUGUGGUUGUAUAGUUCAGUUUAGGUAUACUUUAAAAAAGAUGCUUAGAAUAUGGUGUAAAAAAAUGUUUUUUUUUGGUAAAUAAAAAGGCUAAUUAAUACCAAUUACUGUUUUAAUAAAUUUUGAUGUUACAAUUUUAUAAACUUGAGACUUACGCUGUCGAUCUCAUACCAGCGUGAAUGGAUGUCAGUCAACGUUAGGAAAACAAUCAUGUCUGUGCGCAUCGCAUGUUAAUUGGGUUAGUUGUUUAACCCUUAGAGCGCAAACCGUCGAUAGGUAUCGUUUGAUUAUAAGUAUCAUUGAGCUGUACAUAUGGACCUGUCUUAGCGCGUGCAUGUAUAAAGUUUUUAAUAAGUUAAUCACAUUUGUAAAUAACCAUUAAACACUGUUUUACUGUGAGUUUAGCAUUGAUUUUUGUAUUUUUUUUAAGUUGAAGUUUUCCUAGAGACACGUUCCGGUUCCAAACAAAGCUUUGUCGUUGUGUUGUGUGUAGUAAUAAAGAAGUAAAAGGAGUUACCCGAUCUUCGCUAGUUUGUGUGUGCUGUAAAAAGGGAGUCCAUGGCGUUUGUGUGGGGAAACAUUUUUGCCAAUGAUUUUUAAUAGAAUCGCUUAUUGCCUCUUUUUAAUUAAAUAAACACAGUUUUUAUAUUAACUAUGUUUCAUUUGAGUAGUUUGAUAUGUCACUUACACGUAACAUAAAUAAUUACGAAAAUCCAUCUACAUUUGAGGAAAAUAAUUAAUAUUCUGUACACCCUUAUAAGGUACUUUUUUUUAAAAUACUUUAGCACUCUCUGCUCAGCACCAAAAGGUUUAAUAUACCGCUAAUUAACUUCAAGAAUAGCUUGGACAAAAGGCAAAUUCGAGAAGUACGUAAUGUUGUCGUGGGCGCGUGUAACUGUAACACGAUAUACAAUUUUAAAAUGUAUCUUUUUUUUUUUUGGCCUUGUUUCAUAUACAAUGUCUUGUAGUCAUUUUUGGACAUUAUUAAAUUGCUUACUUAAAAAUAACUAUAUGGUGGUUCUCUCAUGUAGAUUGAUUGCUUUAGAUUAUGUAGAAUAAUACGAUAAGAAUAAUAGAAUAACACAAAAUUUCUUUGCCGCAGUUUUUGCAGACGAUAAACAAGACUUCACCAAAAAUGAUCUGCCCAAAAACAGAAGCUUAUUAUGGAAGUUCUUUGAUCUGUCGGAAGAUGACAAAGCUACUUGCAAAAUUUGUAGUGGCAAAAUAAAGGGAAAUAUUCUUAGACAUUUGAGGUCUAGUCAUCCUAAAAGCUAUGAGUUUUGGAAGAAAAAUAUUAAAAAACAGAAUAGUAUUAGUUAUUUGACAUAUCAAGUACAACAUCGAUUCGACGGUAGAAAACAUCCAGAGUGGCAAAAACAGUUCGCUCGGAAAGUAGGAAAUCGAUUGUAUAAUUGUUCUUUAUGUGAGAAGAAAUUAAAGCUGACUGAUUUAAAAAAACACAUCAUCGACAUGCACCCUGAAAUUUAUUAUAACGAUAUUUACUCGGAACCAGAAAUAAAUACCGAAAAAAAUUGUGGAUCUAUCGAAUGUAACGAUUCUUUAUUAGCAGUUAAUAACUUACCAAUCGCUAAUGAAAACGUACUUCAAGUUGGAAAUAAUAUAAUCAACGAAGACAUUCGUCUUGACAAUGACAUAACUCUUAAUAAUAUGGACGUUUAUGAUAUUGAUUUUGAAAAUAACAAUUUUGAAAAUUUAAAAAUCGAUAUCGAUUAUGGUUUAACUGAAGAUGUUUCUAAGGUAACUGAAACAUUCAUUGGUAAUUUUGCUAAUGAUGACUUUAAAGCAAUUCUGGAGACAACAAAUGAAGUGUCAUGUAAUGACUCUGGAGAUGAUCCUACAAAAACAAAUAGUGAAGUGUACAAAACCUCUAAAGAUCUUAUCCUAGAUUCAUCUGAAACAACAGAGAAAUCUAAUCCGUGUAUUACAAAAGAAACGGUCGAAAAAAUUAAAAUGCUAUGCACAAAAGUUGAUGUUAAUCGGAAAAAACCUAAUAGAAAAACAUGCAUUUGGAACUUUUUUGAUGUCACUCUCGAUAGCAGGAUAUAUAAAUGUUCGUUUUGCUUCAUCGAAAUAUCAAUAGCUCCCAAAUGCGUUUCAAAUUUGAAACGGCAUCUGAUCUUGCAACAUAGCUUGGAAUAUGAUCUGAUCAUGAAGUAUGCUCCUUUCAAUGAUCCAUGCAAAGUUAUGACUCCACUACUUUAUGCAUUCGCGGAAACAGAUCCAAACAUAAUAAGGAAUUUUGAAAUAUUCGACGAAGGAUGUUAUAAAUGCAAGUUGUGCGGACAAGUUAUUGUGUGCGCAACGAAUAGACCGCUUCUGAUUGGACAUUUACUCAACUACGUAAUGCUACCGACCUCCCGAGGGAAGCAGCUCCUAAUGUUCCACGGUUAUACGUACUCGAUGAAUAAUCGCGGUAGUGGCCUGUUUUAUUGUUCGAAAAAGGCCAUUAAUUGCAAAGCUAGCGUUAAACUGGAUGCGAACGGUAAAAUAGUGAGAGCCUACGAGCAACAUAACCACAGUCCUCCGAAAUACGUGGUGACCGCGAAGGGCGAAUUUCUCAAAGUCAAUUGAAAAAAUAUAAGAUAUUCUUGCAUGAAACUCGUUUUAUUUGGUAACCUUGAGUGAUUGUUUGAAAAUUCUUAGUCGCAUCAAUUCCACAUCAUUGUUGGUUGAUUGAGAAUAUAAUGGUGCUUUGUUUGAUGAUUUCAGAGACACCGAAAAUACCAUAUGAUUUGACGACUUCGCAAAGAGGCAAGACCCUGAUAUUGGUGGACGGUUAUUCGUUUUCGCAAUGCGAGAAAUUCAUAUGGUAUUGUUCAGUGCGUAAAAACAGUUGCAAGGCUUCGCUCAGGAUGAACGAAAGCGGAGAAAUAACUUCGCUGAACAACAACCACACUCACAAGCCCAGGAAAUACACUAAAAUGGUUAACGGAUCUAUAGUAUUUUUAGGCCCGUAGGCUCUUUUAUCAAGCGUUUUCUAAAAACAAACCCGUUAUGUUGGAAUAGAGUUUUAUAACUAAGAUGUUAGAUUGAGGUGUCUUAUAUAGGUUUCUAAGAGUUAAUGGAAAGCCCUCACUUUCAGACGUAAUUAUUAAGUUGAUCUUUAUGUAAAUAGGUAAGUUAUUCUUUAUAUAAAUAAAUACAUAACAUUAUUCGUCGAGUAUUCGAAAAACAUAAAGGUUUUCAUUUAUAACUCUGAUGUAUCGUGAAUUCUAAAGUAAACACACUGAAGUAUUAAUUUGUAAUUUGUACUGUAAAUUGUAAUCUAAGACUAUAUGUGGCCUAUCUCGUAUUUUUGUUAAUUUUUUUACUGGAUAAUUCCAAUAGAUAUGUAAAUGUAUAUAUAUUUUUUAAUAAGAAUAAGGAUGAGGAAUUUAAAUUAAGAAUUUAUUUUGAACGUUUUGCAUUGUGCCUUAAGCCGGUUGCAUUUCCGGUUUCGGCUAAAGUCAGCAUCGGUUGUUCAGUGCUGGCCGGGGCGACUCUCCCUACCACCCCCGGGUUCUGUAUCGUGCGAGCAUCGGACACUUGGGUAAGAGUAAAUGGGAGCCAUUUAAUGGAUGGCCUCUACGUCAUUUUGGAUCCUCCCGAUCCACUAACGGUGCUUUUAGGUACCUCAAGCACCGGUCAUCGUUCUCGUCGAACCCGUCGCUUGCGACGAAGGGCUCGGCGAGUAAAUUAAAACCCACAGACGCAGCCCACUGAGUUUCUCGCCGGAUCUUCUCAGUGGGUCGCGGUUCCGAUCUGGUAGGAGAUUCUGCGAAGCACGACUCUUGGUAAGGUUCGUGUGUUCGUUAGGUUUGAGCCCCGUCAGCUCACCUACUAGUUCGGCGAUUCUGGAAUAAUCCCUCGAGGUUACUAGAAUAGGUAGGAAAAAAAGGUGGCUUUUAACAUCUUUCACAGUUCCGCAUGCACCUCGCGCUCUCUAACCGGGGUGUCAAGUGGGUAGUUCAACACCUGACUCAAUGAAAGCGUUAUUUGCUGCGCACAAUCAGCAUGAUGCUGACUCGGAAUCGGAUGUUUAUUAAAAGGCGAGCGUAUUUAUCGUUGUUGAGAUUAUUGGAUUCUCUAUUUAAGUUUUUUUUUGUUCUGAAUAAAGUUUUAUCUGUGUUUAUACCUAUGUCAUUUCAAAGGUACUCAUGUUCAUUUUAGUUAAAACAGAGGGAAAGCUUUAAAAUUGCGUGUCCGUUCUUGGACCGGGACGUUCGUACUCGUAUGGUGACGGGAUUCGGACUCCGCUAUCUACAGGUGGAUCGUAGGGUCACGAUGGCCCAUCUAUGCCAAACACAAAAUAUUGCUUAUUUAUUUAUUUACCAUAAAUAUAAUUGAGGUCGUCAGCGCCAAAGUGGCCUAACCCACAAUUCAUAUUCAUGCUUAUGUAUUGCAAUUUAUUUAAAACAUAAUAAAUUUUGAUGCAAAAUCGGCCUAUCCCUAGUUUCAAUCCAUAGACAACAGUUGACUUUGUAAACAUCAUUUUAGCGCGUAUUUUUUUGCUUACAAAGUAUUGUAAAGGUAUAUUCGAACCUCAUUAUCUCCAAACUAACUAUGGUAAGUUUAGGCCACUUUUGCGCUGACGGCCUCAUAGAAACACUUCACAUAUUUUCUCACGUUUAGUUCUCUCAUUCGUGCAAUAAUUGGUUUCUCUGAUUCCAGAAUACCCAAGCUACGACAUUGUUAUAUCUCAAUUCGGAAAGCAGCUGAUAUUAAUAGGCGGUCAUACGUUUUCUCAAACGCAAGGGAACAAUUGGCGUUGUUCGGUAAAAAGCAUGAAAUGCAAAGCGAAGCUCAAAGUCGAUUUGCACGGGAAUAUAAUAUCAUUGCAGAACGAUCACAAUCAUUCCCCUAGGCAGUACGUAGGAACCAAUGAUGGAACUUUUAUACGCGUUUAAAAUUAAACUUCUUCUUAGUCGUGUUACUCUUGACAGAGUGGUCGUGAUCAUCAUGUAGUGUUGGAAGGGGCAAAAAACUAAAAGGAGCAAAAUUAAACUUACGCACUUGGUUAUCAUUGUGUCUAUAACAAAGCAGUUGAUUGUCUAUUCAAAAUUGUAAUUUUUAAUCUUUGACAUACAUGUGUAGAAUCAUUUUAUCGUAGUAAAUAUUUUAGUAAUAACCAUAAACAAAUUGCAAAAGUGCAUAGAUAGUACACUAAUAAAGAUUUAUGAAUCUACAUUUAACGGAUCUAGGGAACGAGGUAGAUAUAAAAUUAUAUACAAAAAAACGACUGUCGAGUUAAAAACUAGAUAAAAGCCGUAAUCUAUAUGACACAUGUAGAAAAUAGAAUGACCAUAGCUUAAUCCUAUUAACUUGGAUUUGAAAUGUGAUAUAAUAUACAAUUAUUGUAACGUAGGAAAUAUAUUUUCUCCUGCUUCACAAUACUCUUCGUCACAAUGCGAUUCUGUGGAUUCAAUUAAUUAUAUAAUUUUAUUUCUUCGUUAUGAAAGUCGUUCGUAAACACGCGUUUGAUACGUAUUCAUUAAGGAGACUUUAGACUUAUCUAGGGAUUUGAAGACCGGUUUCGUCGUAUCACUCACUCCACAAGAAUACCAGGCCUGGAAUCAAUUAAGUGUGACUGUGUGAUUAUAUGCUUAAGAUACUGUAUAUGACUGAUGUGUUUAAAAAAAAAAACUUAAGUUUACCAAGUAUUUAUUACCAAUAAAGAAUAGUAAUAAUAAUUGUAGUCAAUGUGAUGAAACUAAUUUUGUUUUUAGAGAUUGGUUUUCCUUGAAGGAUUAACCUGUCGAAUCUGUCAUUCCCAGAAUUUAUGAAAAAUUAUUUUUAUGAGAUCUAAAUCACCUAAUUAAAACUAAUAUUUAUUAUUUACUCUAGCUUUUUAUUGACAUUAUUUUCGUCGUUUACUACAUAUAUAUACUAUACCUUACAGUUUUAGUGAUCACGGACGACGAACGAGAGAUUAAACCGUAGCUUAACUUAUGUCAACGUCUCGUAAAAACAAUAAUUAGUUAAUAAGGUUCCAUAUUUUUGCGUUUCUACGCUUUAUUCAACUAUAUAUAGCUUGUAUAGCCGUAUUGUAUUAGAUAACUUCUUUCCAUUUAAUACGUUAUUAAUGAAUGUUUAUCUUCGUUACAGAGAUUCCUUACGACAUAGUUCGGUCUCAGACGGGCGGUAAACAGAUAUUAGUCGACGGCUACGCCUUCACACACAACAAGGCGAAGCUGUGGCGUUGCAUCUCGAGCAGCUACUACAAGUGCACGGCGAAACUGAAGAUCGACGAUAAAGGCCGAAUAACUUAUCUCUUGAACAAUCAUAAUCAUCCCAAAAGGAAGUACUUUAGAGCCGCAGACGGAAUGCUCAUGAGGGUUUAGAGGAGAAAGUUUUUUCGAGUUGUCCUUGCUUGAGGAUUUUUUGACAUAUAAUUACUCUCUAUUAUUAGUAUUAGAUUUAAUGUACUUUUUUCUUAGAAUAGAUGCGUAGGCAAACUCUCGGCGACGAGACAUUAAUUCGUGUUUCAAUUUCUUUCGGUGUAGCCCUUCAAGCGAGGAAUUAUGAUUUGCGAAGCAUAAUAAGCUACUUCGUAGUACGGGCUUAUAGUUCGACUACUAAUGACACGAAUCGAUAAUUUUUUUGGGUUUGGUUUUUAUUGCAUAACGCUAUCCCUUUAUAGAUGUUGGUUCAUAUAAGCUUGUGGAAUUGGUACCUGUUCCAGGACCGGUUCACAGUAGAUAUACUCAGGUACACCGGGCGUCGCUUACGUGUUAGAAUAACUAUAAGAUUUGAGAAUAUAUACUAAUUGUAUUUGCAUGUUUUGAUUAUCUCUAAAUAUAAACUUAAAUAAUAAGCUUGGUAUAUCACUCAACUACGAUGCUUUUAAUUGUAACUUAAUUUUUUGCUAUGAAUAAGUUGAAUAAUUGAAAAAUGUAACUAGGUUAUAUUAGGGAUGUUAACCCAAUUCUACUGUUAGAAAAUGUUUGCUUAAUAAAUUUUUAUCUAAAAUCUACAGCAGUUUAAAAAGUGGCACUUUUAGCAAUGAUUCACUUACCUAUAAGUUGGAAACCUAGUAGCUUUGAUUAUGAGAAUUAAGACAUCCCUAUUUUAUGGACGAGAAAAAACGAUUUUUCGACCGGUCAUUGUUACAUAAACGUUAUAAAUUAAAUAAAUUUUAAGACUCAUUCUGUUUGAAUACUUGUAAUGUUUAAAACCUGUAAUUGAAUUUAAUAAACUUGAAAUUAAAUCGUGAGUGUUUGCGUAAUAUUAAAUCGAUGUUAUAUUCGACCCUAAAUGAAAUUCUUUCAACUCUGUUGCAUUAUAUGUACCUACCACAUUUAGUCUUAUUCAUUUUUUACCCUACCGAUGCUGAUAGCUUUAAGAGGCUAUUUCAGCUUCUCCUUGAUGUGUAGGUGAGCUCACGGUGCUCAAACCGGGAGUGUUGCUAACACUGGCCCUAGCAAUAGCAGUGCUUGGCGGAAUCUACCACCGGAUCGGAAACGCGACCCACUGAGAAGAUCCGGCGAGAAACUCAGUGGGCUGUGUCUAUGGGUUAAUUUACUCGUCUAGCCCUUUGUGGCAAACGACGGAUUCAGCGAGGACGGCGACCGGUGCUUUAGGUACCUAAAGUCACCGUCAAUGGAUCGGCAGGAUCCGUAAUGACGUGCUUAGGGCGACGUCGACUGUUUACCAUUCGGUCCACAGGAUCGGGUAUGUAUUGAUUUUAAAUUUGACUAUUGUUCUAUUGUUUUCCAUGUUAUAAGUUUUUUUUAUUUACUACGAAGAUUCCCUAUGGCAUAGUUCGUGUUUUUGAUUAUGCAUAGUUUUAGUUCAAGUAAGCCUCUCAUAAGAUGGACUGAACGACUACGGGCCGCACGGUCAUUGACCAUUAAUCAAUUACCGUUGGGGGACCUUGGGGAAGGUAGAAAUCCAGCAUUUAACGGCCGUCUGGUGUAGUGGUAAGUGACAUGGUCACUACAAAAGGGGGUCGCGGGUUCGAAUCCCGCCAGGGGAAGAUAUUUGUAUGAAAAAUAUAAAAUGUCUUUUCCAGGGUUAUGGUUGUAUAUUAAAUAUGUGUAUGUGUAUAAUAAAAAAUCUUACAUUUAUUUCCGUUAUCUGGUACCUGUAACACAAGUUCUUUACGAACUUACCACGGGACCAGUUAACGUGGCGUGAUUGUUAGUAAAUAUUUAUUUAUUUAUUGUUUAUUAUUAUUAUUAUUUAUAGUAUCUCUUUGAGCUAAAGCUGAGGAUUAUAAUGAACAUGUUGUUAAUUAAUGUUUCUCUUCGUUACAGAGAUUCCUUACGACAUAGUGCGGUCUCAGACGGGCGGUAAACAGAUAUUAGUCGACGGCUACGCCUUCACACACAACAAGGCGAAGCUGUGGCGUUGCAUCUCGAGCAGCUACUACAAGUGCACGGCGAAACUGAAGAUCGACGAUAAAGGCAAAAUAACGUAUCUUUUGAAUCAUCAUAAUCAUUCCAAGAGGCAGUAUUUUAGAGCCGCAGACGGAGUGCUUAUGAGGGUUUAGACGAAGGUCCUAAGGCAUCCUCCUUCGCCUGAAGCUUACAACAACGCUCUUAGUAUUAUGUUCAAUGCGUUUUUAUUUGUGUACCUAAUAGCAUAAGUCACACGACAAUAUCUAACGUUCCAAAACAUAACGAGUCUGUUGUUCAGUGAAAUUCAGACAAGAAUGGGAAAUGAUUCCAUUGAAAAACCUACAGUUAUGAAAGAAAAUCAAGUGAAUGCACGAAUACAUAGUAAUUAGCUAACUUUUUUUUAUUAAAUUAAUACCUUUUUUUCCAAAACAUACAUAUUCAAACAAAUGUACUAUCUCAUUUUAAGGGUAUUCGAAAUUAUAAAAAAAAAACAACUUUUUGGCUUAAUUAAAAAAUGACAAAAACCGGUUACCUUGUAACCGGGUAAGUCUUUGAUCUUCCAAAUUAUCUCUUGAACAAGGUUUUGAAUUGUUACCCUUUUGGGUACUUGUUUAUUCUAAACAGCUACCGGCGUGCUAAUCGCUUUCACCGCUAUUUGAAGCUAAGUUUAUUUUUAAUUUUUUUAUUAAUUAUUACGCAUUAACGCAUUGACCGUGUCUGACUUUUGACACACAUGAUCCGUAAUACUACAUACACCUCUAGCUACAUCGGACAUGUUAUUUUAAGUUUUUAGAAUAAUUGCACGUUUCGGCUUUUGUUAAUCUUUAUAAUUUGAUAAAUUACUUAUUAUAUUUAUAAGUUUCAAUAAUUUUGUUGUAUUAUUCAUUUUCAAUGUUUUUAAUUAUGCGGACAGGCCAAAAGGAGACUUAUGAAAUUUAGGCUAAGAUUUUUUUAGUUUCGAUAAUUAAAAGGUUUAAUUUUAUGAAGAAACAAAAUACAAUAAUUUUUUUUAGGCUACUGAGAUAUUAAUUACCAUUCAAUCGGUAUAUAUUUUGUUUUAUUUGUAAGUAGAGUAUAAAAUAAAUCACCGGUUACAAUCAGAACGAACUAAUACUAAAUCACUAAAUAAAGUUGUCAUAUUGACCGUGUUUUCACACGCUUUUGCUUUAGUGGAAUUGAUAUGUUAAAAAUAUUGAAAUGAAAUAAAUAAGCACGAGAUUGAUUCCUAAAUAAUGUUCUUUUUAAUUUUUAAAAUGCUGUCCAAAGUAAGUGCUGUCAGUCUCAAAGCAUUUUGCGUAUAUAAAGUAUAUGGCAUAGUGUGGGGUUAAUUUCAAAGAAGGGAGUUCAUGCUAAUACCUAUGCCUGUUAGUAGAUGUAAAAGUGACAUUUUGAAAAGUUGGCACCAAUUUUGCUUUGCUUUCAAAGUUACUCUAUUACUGCUCAAGAUAUUUUCACCAAGACUCCUGGAGAAAUAAUCUAUAUAUAUAAAAAUGAAUUGCUGUUCGUUAGUGUCGCUAAAACUGGACAACGGCUUGACCGAUUUGGCUAAUUUUGGUCAUGAAUUAUUUGUGGAAAUCCAAAGAAGGUAGAUAAAUAUGAAAAUACUCGGAAUUAAAUAAAAAUAACAAUUUUAUUUUUCCUUUGAUGUGUCCCCCGUCGGACGGAUUCCUUUUGUUUGUGUUAAGUUUCACGUGUUUCGCAUAUUCACGUGUUUCGUUGCACCUUUUUCUUGUGUGCGUAUUCUGUUUCUUCACCUUCAGACAAGCUCACAACAAGAUGUAGGUAAGUACUUUGCUCGAGAUAUUCUUGGUCCAAAAUGUUUUGAAUACAACGGCUACGAAGGAUAAAUCCGUUGGUGAUAUUGAUUUUACCUUAACCAGUGUAUACUUUAUGUGUCUUUCACGCUUGAUUCCUCGGUAACUAUAUCUGUGUUGAAACCGUAACUAACACACGUCUUGAGCGAUAACUAGCCCAGAAGAGAGAUUGAGAUAUUGAGAAAUACAGUCAUCCUCCAACGCCUCCACUGCCUGCCUAGACUCUGAAGGAUUACCUACAUAGGGAGUAAGAUAGGCUACCCAUUAAGUUUCUCGCCGAAUCUUCUCAGUGGGUCGGGAUUCCGAUCCGGUAGUAGAUUCAGCGAAGCAUUGCUUUUGCUAGGGCUAGUGUUAGCAAUACUAUCAGGUUGAGCCCGUGGACUCAUCUACCGGUCGGCACGAACUUGCAAUAGUUCCUUAGGCUUCCAAUGAUUGGGUAGGGAAAAAAUGUCGACCGUAUUUUACGUGCUUCACCAGUUACCGGUGUUUUUUCUUUGUUAUUCAUACGAUGAAUAACAUCUAGUUGUUGGAGACACUACUGUUUUUUUUUUCUUUUGAGUUAAACAAAGAAAGAGUCGUAUUUUUUUUAUUUUUGUGAUUGAAAGUUUACUGUUUGUCCGGAGGCCUUUCCAGUUUCAGCAGGACAGGUGGGCGAGCAAAGGCUCAGAAGAGAUAGUCGUUCACUUGUCAUCGUACAAUAUCAAAUUUGAUCUUUACACUUAGUUCACAUUAAUGUUUUUCUGUUUGUUUUUGAUUUAGAGUCUAUUGAAUACAAAACAGUUGUAUCUCGAAGAGGCCACAUGUUGAUUGCGGUCGACGGUUAUACGUUCCCGAAUCGUUAUAAGAGGAACUGGGUAUGUUCGGCCCUCCGAUGCAAUGUUCGACUGAAGUUCGACGAGACCGGGACGAAAAUAAUAUACCUAGAAAAAGAACACAUGCACGAAAGGCAGUUGUUUUGUCGGUAUAAGGAUCCUAACUGGUGAUUUCAUCGCCAUGUCGUGUAUUCUUAAUGUAUUAUGUACUCUAAAAUUAAUGCAAAAGAAGUUGUAUUACCAUUACACUGUCUGUAAUGUAUGUAUGUAAUUUAUUGUAUGAGUUUGUAAUUUAGAACAACAAAAAAACACGCUUUAAAUAAAUAGCAAGCCUUUUUUUUAAAAGACUAAUUCGGUGGUGCCCGUUAGUUAGUGAAUCUGGAUUGCGCCGAGGGUCGUGGGUGCGAUUCCCAUAUCAGGCAAACAUUCAUGUGAUGAACAGGUUUGUCUGCUAUCUAUUAUUAUGAUAAUAAUAGCAUUGAUACAUACAUAUCUCAUGUUUUUGUAAAAUAAUUGCGAUCAUUUGAUAUUUCUAUUAACAAUUUUCACUCUGGAUCCUCGAGUUCAUUGCAUUUCUAGCGUUUCUCCUGGUUAAAAAAAAAAAGGAUUGGAUUAAUUUUGAAAGAAUUAUAGCUGGGAAAUUGGGAAAUCACUAGGUUUGUUGUGCUACUGUCGUUAUUAAGUGACUCCAUGAGUCAGAUAAUUAGUUAAAUAAUGUACUAUAAGUGCUUUGAAUCUCUACAGUAUAUUUUAAAGUUUUUAUUAUAUAAUAUAAUUAGUUAUUGGAGCUGGCUAUGCAAGGGAACCAAGGUAACCGACAAAACUAGAAGAAUUGCUACAUUGAAAUUCUUCGUAAAUUUCGGGUAAAUAUUUCGGCUUUAGGAGAGUUAACCAUUCAGCAUUGUACCUCUUUCGUCUGAAGCUAAGGCUUAUUAUGAAUAUGUUCUUAAUGAAUGUUUCCCUUCGUUACAGAGAUUCCCUACGACAUAGUGCGGUCUCAGACAGGCGGGAAACAGAUAUUAGUCGACGGCUACGCCUUCACACACAACAAGGCGAAGCUGUGGCGUUGCAUCUCGAGCAGCUACUACAAGUGCACGGCGAAACUGAAGAUCGACGAUAAAAAUAGAAUAACAUACCUUUUGAAUAAUCACAAUCAUCCGAAAAGACAGUACGUUAGAGCCGCAGACGGAAUGUUUAUUAGGCUGUAGAGAAUGGGAGAUCUUAGGAGGUGCCUUAUCCGAUUAUGGGUCCAAUUCAUUUACCGGAAAUUAGAUAAAAUAUUUAAAGCGAUUUUCGCUUAGUGAUGGUUCAGAGUGUCAGAAAAAUAUGGCAUAUUCAAUAUUGCCUAUGUUCCAAUGGUCUUAUCAAUCAAUAAUCGAAUGGUAUAUUAUAAUUCAAUAAUAAAGUAAAUGUCAAGCAUCCAUUAUAUCCACUUACCCAGAGUGUAUGAACCCGAUGAUUACAUCAAACGCCCCUUGUUCAGGUAGCCUAAGAUAACAAAAAUGAUGUUUUAAUUUCAAUUUUAACUAGACUAAAUUUAUAUUAGUAGCUUAUAUGAUGUAAGACGUUAUAUUUUAAAGAGAAUACUCGUCUUUCGUGUGCGUGUUCUAAAUGAGAAGUAUAAUGAAGGAAAUUCCGAAUUGAUGUCUUAAGUUGAGUGACCACAUUCUCUUCUUUUUUAUCUACCUAUUCGCUGGUAGCCUUUUUUUUUUUUUGGUCAAGAGAAAAUCGCCGGACUACCGCCCUCCACUGGGGACGGUGGGCGGAGCAUGUCGGAGUCGAACCGACUAAAACCUCCUGUCGCUCAACAACCAACGUCCAAACCUCACAUGAGACAGAACUCAUGAAAAGGCAAAGGGGGAAAGUGAAGUGUUUAGUGCGGAACACAUCUCUCUCAUCACCCUCCCCCUCGGUACGCCGGACUGGCGGUCGUUGGCGCCACGACCACCAGCCCUCUCGGUUCGCUUGUAGCCUAGGGGGCUAUUCCACCUACGCUAUAAUGAGUAGGUGAGCUCACAGGCUCAACUUGAGAGAAUUUGCUAACACUAGCUCUAGCUAGAGCAGUGCUUCGCAGAAUCUACUAUCAAAUCGGAAUCGCUAUCAAUGAGCAUUCCCGAUGCGAUGGAUAUGGUCUGGUAACCUUUUAAAACAAGAAAAGCCGUGAGCACGUUCAUCAAACGACGCAGUAAAUAAAUCAAAAUGACAUUAUCUUAGGUUAGUUUAGGUUGUAAUGAAAACGUUUUAGGCUAAUUUUAAUGUGUUUGCUCUAUGUGAUGUCUUUUCUUUUCGAUACUAUUUAAUUUGAUUUCAUUAAAACUAAAUAUACAUAUAAUCUAAAUGCUCACUAAGAAUUUAUGUUUUUCAUUAUUUAAUAAGUUGUGGGGUGAUGUUUAUCCCUUUUUUCUAAUUAAUUAUUCAAAUACGUCAGGAUAUAAAAAAAUCCUCUAAAUUGCAUAAAUAAAACCUACACGCUUUUUUGAAAAUUUCACUAUCAGUAAUCAUGUAUGCGAUUUAGUUAUAAUAUUAAAUAGAUAUAAGUACCUUUAAGUUAAUCUAUGUACUUAAUAAAACUAAUUAAAAACGAAUGUUUCUUUGCAUAAAAAAUCCUAUUUACCUUGUACGCCUAUAAAUAAAUAUAGUUACUGUCUUAUGGAAUGUCUAUUUUUGGAAAAUAAUAACAAAAACUAGAAUUGAUCAGCCGUAAAAAGGUAAACUAAGACUUUAAGGGAUUGAAUCCGAUGUUGAAUUAGCCUAGUCAAUAGUUAUUUAUAAAAAUAUUUGUUUUUGUGAUUCUAAAAUAUUCCUAUGGUUUUUUGACAGGUUUCUCCUUCAAUAUCGUGAAGUCGCGCAUGGGAAGAAAUCUUAUAUUGGUUGAUGGUUACACUUAUUCGAAGGCGAGUCCCCAACUGUGGGUUUGUUCGGUAAAAUGGAGACUGUGCAAAGCGAAAAUAAAAUUGGACAGCUACGGUCAGAUAGCAGUCUUGAACGACAAUCACAACCAUCCACCUAAGAAUUACAUGAAAACGGUUGAAGGUUACUAUGUAAGGGUUUGAAUUAGUUGCGGAAUGAUUGUCUCCUUGGGAAUGUACAGUUUUUGCGAGCGUUUCAACUGAAAUUGGACAACAACGAUCAAAUAGCAAUCUUGAACGACAAUCACAACCAUCCAUUUAAGAGUUACACGAAAGCGGUUGAAGGUUACUAUAUAAGGGCUUGAACUAGUUGUGAAAUGAUUGUCUCCUUGGGAAUGUACAGUUUUUGCGAGCGUUUCAAGAUUAAAAUAUAAUCGUGUUAUUGUUUAAAGCGCCCUUAACCUAUAUCGGCUUACACCGAGUCUCGUCUCGUUCGAUCGAGUUGACUGUAAACGUAAAAUACGGAACAAAAUUGAAUUUCAUGUAUAUUGUUGUUUUAGUGUAGACAUUAUCUAUACGCAAAACCGUAAUGUGACUAAUAAAAAUUGGAAAUUAAAAACAAAACAACGGAACGGACACAAGAUUCGACCGUUAAUGCCGGUUUUGAUAAUGCACUAGCUUAUUGUUUUUAAAUAUUUGGGGUUUCACUUAAAUGAAGUAAAUUUUUUUUAAAAUAUACUGUGUAAAUUGUAGUCGAUUUUUAUUUUAAGACAAUGUUUUAUUUUAUUGAUGUAUAAAUUUUAGAACGUUUACUACAAGGGACUUCAUGACAUUAUUUGCGGUUGUAGUACGCCCAAUACUUCAUCCGUACGAUUGAACGAAUGACGUCAUGUGUGUGUAUGUGUGUGUGUGUGUGUGUGUGUACCUUAUUUCUAGUAAUCUCGUUAUGCUAGCUUAACCGGACGUGUAGGCGAGAAGAUCCGGCGAGAAACUCAGUGGUCUGAUCUUUAUGCAACCGAACGUUAAAAAUAUAGCGAUGUUUGUCGAAUGCAAAAAAUGCACGUGAAAUUUUCAUCAAGAAAUAUUCGUAUUUGUCUCGUAUAGCGUCAACGCUAUAUCAAUCUGUUUUUUUUUUUUGUAAAAAAUGCUCUGUAUUUGAAUUCCGUCGAUUAUUAAUAUUAUAUUACUUAAAUUUUAAUAUUACCUAAACUGAAAAAAAACGUAUGUUGUCUACUGUCAGAUUUUGAAAAAUCAAAUAAUGGAAUUGUCACGACUACAAAAUUUUACGUUUAAGGAACAAAAUUUACGUUUCAAAAUAGGAGUGUGUUGUAGGUAUGUACCACUCGUACUAGUCACAAUGUAAUCUCUAAUUAUUGUUUAGUAAUCAAAACUAUCUAACACGAUUGAAGUUUUCCAAAAAAAAAAAGAAUGUUCUAGUAAAAUUUCAACGUCUUAAAGUUUCUUCAAUCAUAUUCAUCAAAAAGUUAAUAGGAAAGUUAAUGUCUUUACCAGUAAUUUCUGACUGUUGACUCGUUCGAUAAUUCAAGAACAAAUUCUUGCAUUUUGAAACAGAUUCGAUUCCUGCGGAUACAUUAAAUACUGACAUCUAAAGUUAGAAUUAAAUUUAAAAUGACGGUCAAUUCACUUAAAUUAGGUACGCGCAUGACAGCUAUCCGAUUCGAUAGAUAAGGACGCGAAACAAUUAGGUAUACGAAAUGGACUUAAGGAUCGCAGAGUUGCUUUAAUAAAAGAGCUAUCGAAGUUUCGAGAGAAAAUUUUGAGUAAUAAUGUUAUGUUAGCUGUAAGAAAUUUUAUUUGAAAGUCUACAGUCGACUCGAGUUUGUGCAAACCGCAGUUGAAUUUACAGAAUGAUUGUAUUAUACAUUUAUUGUAAAAGAGCGGUGAUGUCGCAAAAGUAUUCUAAAAGUAUCAAUUUAUUAUUUAGGUUAGUGGUUAAUGGUUAUUAAAAAACCAUUUGUUUUAGACGUAAACCAUUAAUGUAAAGAUCAUUCCAUGUUUGCCAAAAAAUUAGAAUCUUUGAUAGGUCUUAAAAUUGAUAGGCUUACAUAGGAAACGGUUUUGGAGUGUUAUAAAGUAUUUUAGAUGUAAGGCAGUAUUGUUUUUAGCGUUUUUUUUCAAGUGCCCUAGUGGAUUUCGGACUCAGGGCACGGAGUAUUGUAUAAGAAUAUUAUUAUCUUUUUCCAAUGACUUUCUGACCUUUUUUUCAAUGACUCCGAGAAAAUUCAGAACACUAAACCCGAAUAGACGCCUAAAUAAUAAAUUUUAUAUAAGCAGCCUUUCCGAAAAAGGCUUUCUCUACUUUACGGCGGCGGACACUAUUUUAGUUGAAGGGCUUUACUCUCCUCCCAUCAGCAGGAUUUUUAUUAAAUCGCCUUAGCAAUAAAUUGUGCUUAUCAUUUAACUAAUAAUAUAAUCGUAAAUUUGAUAAGCUUGAAGAUAAAAAAUUAUCUCUAAAUUAUAAGAAUAAUGAUUUUUUUGGUAUUUUGUUCGUUAAGAUAGAUAGACAUGGUUAGAGCCCAUCUGAUUGUAAGAUGUUACUAGAUUCCACAGUUUCUGCCUACGUUUAGACAAGUCUUAAUGUAUUUGUACAAAGGCGGUACCUUCUUAUACUCAUAUUCCUGUGUUACUUCCUUCCAAAUAAAACAAUCAGGUAGUGCUAUCAAUGUUGGUUUGCUUCAUUUCUAUAGGCUGAUUGCUCAUGAAUAUACAAGUCAGCCAAUGCACGGGACCUACGCUGUCGUGUCGCUCUGAAAACGUCCGCCCGUUUCUUAUAACCAUUUGACUUUGAUAAAGAAGGAUUAGAAUAUUAAUUGACAGUUUACCAAAACGAAAUACAAUAAAGUUUUAGGAUUAUCAAAUUUCCAUUCAAUGUUUUAAGUAUGAGUAUUAAUAGUAUUUUAAUAUGAUGCUCAGUUUUAACUUUUAGGUAGAUGUAAAUGUGAAAAUUACUACGACGCAUUUUCUAGAUGUGGAGGUAGUCAAUAUAGAUGUUUAGUAAACAUUAUAAAAAUAAGUAGCAUUGUUGAUGAUGUAGUAAUAAAUUGAUAAUGUUUUGCAUGUAAAAAAUAUUUGAAAAUUUAAAAUAUGUCGUCACUAUAAUGUAUCUCUACAAUAACAUAGUGCUUUCUUUAAGAUGUAUGUUUUUAGCUUGCUGUUCUAAUAAUAAUUUACGCUUCAUAAAAAAUUGCUACGAUUACUGGGAAA